UUCCCAAAUCGUCAAAAUGAGCGACCUCACUGCCUCGUCAACCCCGGCGUCAGCCCCUAAUAGUACGGUGGAAACGGAAUCCAAGGGGAAACGGAAAUCUUCUACCGCCGGCCUCGCCGCUAAUUCCCGUCCGGUAAAACGACGGGCCUCCAAGGCAUGCUGUUGCUGCCGGGCUCGCAAAGUCCGCUGUGAUGUCGUGGAGAAUGGCUCGCCGUGUACGAAUUGUCGCCUGGAUCAGGUGGAAUGCGUGGUGACUGAGAGCAAAAGGAGAAAGUUCGUCGCCCUCAAUAGCCUGCAUGCAGAUCCGAACUGCCCGCUGAUAUUGACCGUCUUUUGUCGUCGCUCAGGAAAUCACGCGUUGAGAUGGACAAUACCAGCCAUCAACCCGGUCAAUCGCCCGCCGAGGCAUCGGAGGAUGGUAGUAAUCUUCUCAGGAGACUCAGUGAAUGUCAUGGGCUCUCUGACGUUGCGCCCGCUUCGCCAUCGCAACGCUCCGUUGAUUUGGACCAUGGACAGCACAUGCCGCAUCUAUUGUAUCAAAACCAGGCCAGUAGGAUAGGCGCCGGCGAGCGCUAUCGAAGAAGAAUGGCACCAAACCCGGCCGUGCCGGCCACUAUGCCGCUGCAUCAUGUGACCUCGCAGAUUCAACAGCUGUUAGAUCCUUCCUUUGGCAACGAUCGCUCUGGGGGUAUUGUUCUCCCAGACUAUAUCAGGGGACUGCCGCCUCGGCUACAGAAAGAGGACAUUGACUAUCUGGCCAUGAAGGGUGCUUUGACGGUACCCGACGUGGGAUUGCGAAACGAAUUGCUAAAGGCUUACAUCCACUACGUACACACGUACAUGCCUCUCCUAGACCUAGAGGACUUUCUUCAGACAAUCGCGCAGAACGACGGAAUUCGCCGCAUGAGCCUGUUGCUUUUCCAGGCUGUGAUGUUUGCAGGAACGGCGUUCAUUGACCUCAAGCAUCUACAUGCCGCAGGCUACCCGACUCGCAAGGCCGCGCGCAAGGCAUUUUUCCAGCGGGCCAGACUGUUGUACGAUUUCGAUUACGAGGUAGAUCGGAUCUCGCUUGUUCAAUCCUUACUCUUGAUGACCUACUGGUACGAAACCCCCGACGAUCAGAAGGACACCUGGCAUUGGAUGGGUGUCAGUCUCUCCCUCGCACACACCAUCGGGCUGCACCGUGACCCUGGGAAUUCUCGCAUGGGUCUUCGGCGCCAGCGGAUGUGGAAGCGCAUCUGGUGGAGCACAUACACGCGCGACCGCUUGAUCGCUCUAGGAAUGAGGCGCCCAAUGCGCGUCAAGGAUGAUGACUGUGAUGUGCCCAUGUUAACCCUCGAUGACUUUGAAUUCCAUCCUUUCUCCCCUGAAAUCAUCAGCAUGGUUGGCAACUCCGAGGUCCUCCAAAGUGUCAAUCACCAAAAACAGCUCGCCCUUAUGUUUAUCGAGAAAGCCAAGCUUUGCCUCUGUGUCAGCCAUGUGCUUUCCGCCCAAUAUUCGGUUCUGAGUCAUAAAUUCGGAGGAACGAUGGAGACGACCAUGAUGCUGGUCCCCAAAAAGUCGGCCGCCGAAACGUUUGAGGUGCGACAGUGCGAUCAGGAACUGGAAGAUUGGCUGGCCCAUCUUCCUGCUGAGAUCCAAUACUCGCCCGCCGCCCCCUCCAAAUUAACCGAGGCCCAGGAAGUUCUGCAUUCUCAUCGCGCGUUGCUCAAGAUGGUCUACUUGACCACGUCAAGCGCCCUUCAUCGUCCCCAGGUGCUUCCGGCUAUUCCAUUUCCGUCUACGGAUGCCGAGCUACAAGAGAUUUCGAGAAACAAGGUCCGAUUUGCUGCCGUGGAGAUCACCAACAUUGCUCAAGAUCUACACAGCUUGGAUCUCACCCGAUAUUUCCCCACCACUGGCGUGACGGUGCUUCUGCCCGCGGUGAUCAUUCAUCUUCUCGACAUCAAGUCCAGCGACCCGACUAUCCGAAUGACUAGCCUUCAGCGGUUCUACCAGUGUAUGCGCAUCUUACAACGCUUGCGGGAAAUUUAUGCGUCCGCCGACUUUGCCACGUCAUUCUUAGAAGCCGCGAUCCGCAAGGCCGGCAUCCAGCUUACCGUCUCCCCUCAGGACGUGCAAACGCGUUCGGGAAGUACGCUCGACACGGCUGCGCGCGUCAACACCCUGACUCCGCCUCCGGAUUCUCUUGCCCAGAAAAUCCCCGAUCUGACGUACCCGAAGUCGGACGCAUCCGGAAUUGCGGCGCUGGCCGGCGAACACGAUGCCGCAUUCGCCUCGACCCCUCCACCCUCGGACGGCAGUGAGAACGGCAGCACCAGCAACCUCAAUUCGAACUACGCUCGAGACGCGUUCAACAUCCCGAACUUCAAUCCUGAGCUCAGUCUUAGCGAGCUUAUGGACUUGGCCAAUGAUGCCGAGGUGACGCAGAAUGAUUUCGACGCGCUGAUCAACUUCGACGAUGCCGGUGCGGACCUCUUCUCGGCGGAGGAGAGUCUCCAUCCCAGCGGCAGCUCUAAUGGAAAGAGCUUUGGGUUCGGAUUAGGUUCGAUGGAUAGUAUGCCCGAUGUGCUAGGUUAUGAUGCCGAGAACAAAGGCGUGGAUCUGACCGGGCAAGCCCAUAGCGAUCGUGGCGGUCUCAGCACCGAUCUUGACGCUGAGCUGGGACUGAAUCUUUGAGUACCAGAUAUCGGCGAUAUCUGGUGGUUGAGGGAGUGGCGACUGAAUGUGUACCAACUAAAACUUGGGUAUAUGGAACUGGGCUGGAUGAGGGGAGUU